AAAAGGAAAACAAACAAAUAAAGACAGCUAUACAAGAGUCCCUCCAGACCACGAAGUGCUUGAAUUUUUGUUGUUGUGUUUACUUAUUUCUCUCUCUAUCUCACUCACUCCUAUCAGAUCUCUCUCCUCUUUCUCUGGAUCAAAGUUAUCAUCAAGUUGAAGAUGGGUAUUCCAUUAAAUGACAUGGAGGAGGGAUCUCUGGAAAUUGGAAUGGAGUACAGAACUGUUUCUGGAGUUGCAGGACCACUUGUUAUCUUAGAGAAAGUGAAGGGUCCCAAAUAUCAGGAAAUUGUGAAUAUUCGAUUAGGUGAUGGAACAACUCGACGUGGUCAAGUUCUGGAAGUCGAUGGAGAAAAGGCCGUAGUGCAGGUCUUCGAAGGGACAUCAGGGAUUGACAACAAGUACACAACUGUGCAGUUCACCGGAGAGGUAUUGAAAACUCCCGUCUCGCAAGAUAUGCUUGGACGAAUUUUUAACGGAUCGGGGAAACCAAUUGACAAUGGCCCUCCCAUUCUUCCCGAGGCAUACUUGGAUAUUUCUGGAAGUUCUAUUAAUCCUAGUGAGAGAACCUAUCCUGAAGAAAUGAUCCAGACGGGGAUUUCAACUAUCGACGUCAUGAACUCCAUUGCUCGAGGACAGAAGAUCCCUCUUUUUUCUGCCGCUGGUCUUCCUCAUAAUGAAAUUGCUGCUCAGAUCUGUCGUCAGGCAGGGCUAGUCAAGCGGUUAGAGAAGACUGAGAAUCUUUUGGAGGAUGGCGAAGAGGACAACUUUGCCAUUGUUUUUGCUGCUAUGGGAGUAAACAUGGAAACCGCACAAUUUUUCAAAAGGGAUUUUGAGGAAAACGGAUCCAUGGAGAGAGUGACCCUUUUCCUUAACCUGGCUAAUGACCCCACCAUUGAACGAAUCAUUACUCCCCGAAUUGCUCUUACUACUGCAGAAUAUCUAGCUUAUGAAUGUGGCAAGCAUGUUCUGGUUAUUUUGACGGAUAUGAGUUCUUACGCAGAUGCACUUCGUGAGGUCUCCGCUGCUCGAGAGGAAGUACCUGGUAGACGUGGAUAUCCUGGGUAUAUGUAUACCGAUUUGGCGACAAUCUAUGAGCGUGCUGGGCGUAUUGAAGGACGAAAGGGUUCCAUAACACAAAUCCCAAUUCUAACAAUGCCCAACGAUGAUAUUACACAUCCUACUCCUGAUCUUACUGGUUACAUUACUGAGGGACAGAUAUACAUUGAUAGACAGCUUCACAAUCGACAGAUAUACCCACCGAUCAACGUGCUUCCAUCACUCUCACGAUUGAUGAAGAGUGCUAUUGGAGAAGGAAUGACUCGUAGGGAUCAUUCUGAUGUCUCCAACCAGCUAUAUGCAAAUUAUGCCAUUGGAAAGGAUGUGCAAGCAAUGAAAGCCGUGGUUGGAGAAGAAGCACUUUCAUCGGAAGAUCUGCUCUAUCUCGAGUUCUUGGACAAAUUCGAAAGGAAGUUUGUGGCCCAAGGAGCUUACGAUACUCGAAACAUUUUCCAGUCGCUUGAUUUGGCAUGGACACUGCUACGUAUCUUCCCCCGUGAACUUCUUCACCGUAUCCCAGCAAAAACACUGGAUGCAUACUACAGUCGAGAGGCAUCUAAUUAAUCAAGUGAAUGAUCGCCCAUGUCUCUGCUCCACAGUAGCCUAUAUUAAACUUGCAGUUUGUUUGUUGCUGGACCUCUGUUUUCUUCAGUGGUUCACAUGGCUCUCCAGUAUCCAGAGUGAAUAAAGGGGUGAGGUAGAUACAUCAAACAACCACACCCCCGUCAUCGUCCCUCUACCCUAUCACUUCUCUUUUUGGGUUUACUAUUUAUAGCCAUAAUUAUUCUUUCAUUGAGAACAACCCUUUAGUUGUGUUUCUCUCUUUGUAUUGUCAAUACUUUUAAAUCAUCUGGGUUCCCAAGUAUGGUAUGGUACGGCUUUUAGACUUUAAAAAAACUGAAGAUACAGAUAGGGCUUAUGGUUCUUCAGGAUGUAAAGCCCUUGUUUCAUUUCUCUUCCUUGUGUAUUAUGUCUGGAUUUGCAGAAGAUAUAUUGAUGUAGAAAAAGGUUGAUUAUUUAAUCUGUCAAUCUUAAGUAUAAACUAGCAAUUUGACGUGCUA